CUGACAUAUGGGCCGGGCCGGCUAAGGGCUUAAUGUUCGAGCCCGCAAGGCCUAAACACCCAUAAACGGCCAGGCCAACCGGAAACAUUCCAUCUCCUUCGGAAGGCCAAAGCUCCAUAGUCGGCCGGUGGCAGCUCCCGCCCAGGCAAUCGGAAACCAGACUUCCCACGCUAUUCACAACAUCUCUUUGUUCCAAACCCAAAGCUCCGAAGUUGUGCCAUCUUCCGAGAGUGGUCCAUUAUUCACGUUGGGCCGAGAAUGGCACCUGGAUUGAUUAAUGCUAACCCCAUUAUUUAUGAGAAGAAGGAACGCCGAGCACGAUGUACACCCAUUGUUGUUGAUGAAUAUGCAGUGGAACCAAUUGACCAAGAAGAAAUAUUUGAUAUCCUUUCCGAGUGAUUGCAAAAUAUAAUUAUAUGCUAGUUAUGUCACUUCACACUAAAGAUUUUAAAUUGUUUUGGUACUUUACUGUGUUUAUUAUUAUUAUUAUAGAAGUUUAGAACUAACAAUUUGCAAUAUAAACAUUUUCUUCUGGCUAUCUUAAAGCACCAAGAAUCCCCUCUUGUUACAAAGGAACAUUGCAUUGGGAAGUCACUAAAAAUGGAAAAGUAUAUAAGAUUUACGCAUGUGAGAACCUGUUAUUGUUAGCUAUUUAUUUAGCAUUGUCAUGCUUUGUUCUAGUGAUGAGAAUUUUGUAACUCUUUAACAUGCAUACAUCAUAUCCGAGACAUAAAAGAUCCAGAGCAUCCUUAUUCUUUAGAAGAGCUGAAAGUUAUUACAGAAGACUCCAUUGAAGUAGAUGACAAGAGAAGCUAUGUCAGGGUCACAUUCACCCCAACCGUUGAGCAUUGCAGUAUGUCUACCAUCAUUGGCCUAUGCUUGCGAGUGAAGCUCAUGCGGUCUCUGCCUUCCCGCUAUAAAGUUGAUAUUAGACUUGCACCAGGAUCACAUGUAUCUGAAGCUGCAGUAAAUAAGCAAUUGAACGACAAAGAGAGAAUCGCGGCUGCCUUGGAAAGUCCUUACCUUGCGGAUGUGGUCGAUGAAUGCCUUGCUCCUUCUUAUCAAUCUUGACCUAAUAGCUAGACAACAUGACAUGAGUCUUUGCUACUUAUACUGUCUGUAAUACACACAGAACAUCUUUCAUGUCUUUCUUAAAAUUUGUGUAGCUGGCUGUUUUUUGUUGGCAGAUUGAUUCGUUUCUCUUUUCCUACAAAUAUUUUAUUGAAUGCUAUAAACAGUCCCUCCAUUAUUGUGUUUGUUUUUGUAUAAACAGUCACUUGAGAAUUGCUAAUUGAUUAUUGAGUAUCUUUUAAUGGCAUUCU